CCCCGCUCCCACUAGUGCCCCCCAAAAAAGACUCGUCCGUUGCGUCACCUCGACGCCACAUCUCUCCCUCCGAGCCCCCACCCGCCGAGCCGCGCCCCGCGAUCCGUCUCCAUCCCAUCGCUCCUCCGAUCCGCCCCACUUCCCUCCGUCGUCGCCGACGCGCGAUGCACCGGAGCCGCAGGCGGCGCAGGAACGCGAGCUAGGAGUGGGAGAGUCUCCGAUCCUCCGUCCGCGCGCGCCAUGGAGCCGGUGCCGCGGAAGCGCAAGGGCGCGCCCCCGGCGUGCUCCGCCGCCAGGUCCCUCCAAGAUUUAGCCUCCCGCAAGCGCGCCUGCCGCGGGUCCGACCCGCACCAGCCCCCCCGCGCCGGCGCUACCGCGGGCCCCCCCGCCGUGGUGAUGACGGCCCCCGCGGCGAGCGGCGCGUCGGCGUCGGCGGGGGUCCUCCCUGGCCGCGGGCUGAAGCGGAAGGUGGGCUGCAUCGACUCCGCCACGCGGAUCGGGCGGCGGAAGCGGCUGGAGAGCGAGUACGACCUCGGGGAGGAGAUCGGGCACGGCAAGUUCGGGUCCGUCCGCGUCUGCCGCGCCAAGGCCGGGGGCGAGGAGGAGUUCGCGUGCAAGGCGCUGCCCAAGAACGCCGGGGAGACGGCGCACCGCGAGGUGGAGAUCAUGCAGCACCUCUCGGGCCACCCGGGCAUCGUAACGCUCAGGGCCGUCUUCGAGGACGCCGACACCUUCUACCUCGUCAUGGAGCUCUGCCGCGGCGGCCGCCUCCUCGACGAGGUGGCCAGGGAGGGGAGGCUCUCGGAGCGCCGCGCCGCCUAUGUGAUCAGGGAGCUCAUGACCGUGCUUGAGUACUGCCACGAGAUGGGCGUCGUGCACAGGGAUAUUAAACCGGAUAAUGUUCUGCUCACCAAGGCCGGAAGGUUGAAACUCGCAGAUUUUGGACUGGCCGUGCGAGUGGCUGAUGGCCAGAAAUUGACUGGUGUUGCCGGGAGCCCUGCCUACAUGGCACCUGAGAUUCUACUCGGAGAUUACUCGCAGAAAGUAGAUAUAUGGGCUGCUGGAGUGGUUCUGCAUGUGCUACUGAUGGGCACACUUCCAUUUCAAGGCAACUGUGUUGAAGCUAUCUUUAAAGCAAUAAAGACAGUCGAGCUUGAUUUUCACAGUGAUCAGUGGGGAUCGGUAUCGCUUCUUGCUCGUGAUCUCAUAAGCAAAAUGCUUGAUCGGGAUGCCUCUUCACGAUUUGCUGCCGCUGAUGUUCUCCGGCACCCCUGGGUCUUAUUCUACAAUGAAUGCCCAUUGAAGGCAGAAUUCUCAACCCUAUGGAGCACUAAUAAGGCUGCAGCAGCGCCCAUGGUUGACUGGGAAAGAGUUAGGUCUUGCUGCGAGUCUUCAUCUUCAGAAUCCUCAAGUGACAACUCUGAGGAGCAGGAUGAAUGUGGUAUAGUUGAUGCACUGACGACAGCAAUAACACAGGUGAGGAUAUCAGAGCCCAAGAGGAGCCGGCAAUGCAGCCCAGCCACCGCGGUAUUCCCGCCGAGCAGGGAUGCUCUUCGAACCUGAAUAGAAUCCGUGUGCGACAUUCUGACCUGACCCUCCCUAGCCCCAUGUACAUACAGCCUCUGAUCCAGUAGAUGUAAAAUUGUCUGCCGUGAUUGAUCUUUUGCAGUUGCUAGAUUGCUGAUCCUGUAAUUCCUGUACAUAUAGCAACUGAUGUCAUCGUUCCUUUACCUCGAUGACACCAUAAUUGAUUCGAUUUAGUUGCGUUUCAUGCGCGUGCAUUGUUUUGUAUCA